AAAAGCGCGAAGGAAUGCAGGUCUUGGUCUAGAAGCAGGAUGAAAGAUUAUUAUAAUAAUUCGACGUUGAAAAUGAAAACCACGGAAUUGGAUAUACUUCGUCAGGGAAAUCUUAGGCAGUUUGCCGAAUAGAUUCGCGCAGUCAAAUUUUUCUUCGUUCCGGAGGACCUGGAAAUUCUUAAAUGAAGACAACUACUAGCUAAGAAGUAGCAGACACCAGGCUCGUUUGUAGCAGCUCGCUCUUCCACUUGAACUGACCGCCAAGCGCGACCGAUGGUAGAGACGUAUAUGCCUUUCUCGACGACGGUCGUCUGGCGCUCAGGAGCGACGAAUCUAGAAUAUUCACUCUGUCGUGUGUUUUCUCACAAGCUGUCUUGCGCUUUUCACGAAUUGAAGGAGGGAAGAUCCGUACCUGCAAAAUAGUUGCGAAGUACUGGAGUAACUACUGCUAGCGGUAGUCCGAACCUUAGCCCGCGGACGGGGAGGAAAGAGAGACUAAGCUGUUGGGGAAGAUCACAUUUAUGAGUACUUAGAGCGAAAAAGAGGGCGACGCAGUAUUUUGACAAGGAGAAGCACUUUGUGCAGCCAAAACGAUGGAGGGCGGCGUUAACUUGCGGGUAAUGCAGUGGAACCUGCUUGCUACAGGUCUUCACGACGACGGCUUCGUUCAGGGAAACAUGUUUGUUAAGGUUACAAAUUAUUAAGAAGAUUGAAAGGCCUUCCCCCUGACAAUCAGUUUAGGAACAAAGGCGACAUGACAUGACAUUUUCUUUGUUUAUGUUGGUGGUGAAUUCAUGGAGUAGACCAUCUGAUUUUAUUAAUCCAUCAGAUUGUUCAGGACCAUCAUCACCCUUUUCAAGUAGACAUGUAUCGUUUUCGGAACAAGGCAUUCUCAAUCGUUUUAUCAAUGCUUACGCCGCGCGUCUUGAGUAUUCAGAAGUACAUACCUUUUAUCUAGUCUAAGUUUUGCGAUGGAAACACGCCAGCCUUAGUGGAGCAUCUUAGGGUAACCAAGGAGUACCGUUCAAGACUGCUGGCGCCGGAAAAAGCAGAUGUCCUGGCUGCACAGGCGGCUUUUCAGGGGGGCAAGGUGUCAGCGGCAGCUGGUGAUGCUGACGCUGUAGCAGUUAAGUAUGUGCCUCGCGCUUAGAUGAUGCUUCUGAUAAUCUUCACCUUAUUUUUUUUGCUGGGUCUAACGGAAACUUACUCAGAGGUAGUAGAAGUAAGUGCUUCAUCACAGGCGAAAGCUGUAGCUAUUUUACCUCUGAAUAAUAUUAUUGGGGCGGGGUGUUGUUAUGAUAUGUGAAAGUCAGUGAUCUCAUCACAACCACAGCAAGGAAUCACAGUUCGAUCAAAGGCUUGGUCUUGGCGCUUUGCUACCUAUCUCCAAUACCAUGCAUUGACGAACUGCCACGACCUAUGCUAAGCUCUUGAACUAGAUCUAGUAGAGAUGAGAAAACUCAUACUAGCAGUUGUAGGUACUACAAAACCAGGUGAAGUAUAAAGUCGUAGCAUAGCAAAAGCGGUGCCUCAUUCCAUUGAGCUUUAAGAAUCUCGGAGGUGGUUCGAAAUCUGGUUCGAGUAGCAGCAAGGGAGGAGUAACUGUGGUUGAUUUGGAUCUGGCGAAGACCAUGCAGAACAUGCUCAGCUUGUUAGUCUUCGGCGAGGCGGUACCUGUCAACGAGUUGCUCGACGUGCUUCAACGCGGUGCUGAUCUAUUUCACGAACGCUUCUCGCGCGUCCUUAAGGUGACUUAUAGUUUCAGAACAAUUAUUCCUCUGGAGUUGAGAACUUCGUAGCAAAAUCGUCAAAUAGGAUAUGCCAUGUAAGUAGGUCAAGAGUGAACACCCUGCUUAUGAAGAUCUUCACUCAUCUGAAUAUUCAUAGUAUAGAUCCAGUUGUCAUUAUCAUCAAUCUAUGAGCACUCAUCUCACUUAAUACGUGUUGUUUGACUUGACUAGCUGCUCUAACAUUGCGGAAAGUGUUUUUUACAGUUUCAAAGAACCAGGACCAAGGGCUGCGCCACGCAUAGCGGAGAAUCAAGAAUUGUGGAAUGAGUACUGGCGGCCAAUGGCUGAAUUCUUCCAAAUCGGAUUAUCGUCGAACCUCGUUGAAGACAGUAUAUUAAGAGUUACAACUAGGUCUAGGAAGUGCUAGCCCUACAUGAUUAUUCAGAUUGCAUUCUCUACCACAGCUCCAUCAUCCUUCAAGAACUAGUUUGUCCCUGAAAAAGACGUUGACUGUCACACGAUAAGACAAAGAAGUCAAGCAAGAAAUGACAGAUGAAAGUCAACGAUAUAUUUAUAGAUACCGAUACCUGCUCAACAGGGAUAGAUAUUAAUGCGGCAUUGAUUGGUGUUAACUUCUUCUAAGAAUCGAAACACUGUGGAAGAACAAGCUCGCGAAGAGUAGCAAGAUCAUACAUCCCUAUGCUUUUCUAUCAAGAGCAUGUGAUUUUCUACGCGAGACGUUCUUUCUGGGCGGCUCAGCCGCUACCGAUGCGGCAUCUGGAACAGGGUCUAGCUAAGGCUUCAGGACUAUCGUUGCAUGUUGAGUAAUUGAAGAAUGGAAAUCGUACGCAAACUCACACGUAAGUUGUAAGUUGAAUUACGAAGGAAGACGACGAAGAAGAAGACAAUUAAUAUUUCAAAUUAAUUCUGAGAUGUAACUCUCAUGGCCUGCUAUUCGUGGCAGCGUCUGCUACUAGCAACAACUGCCUUCAUUUGCUUGGUUCUUUUUUUGAACCGCCCAGGACGAAAGGCGAUGGCAACAUCAGAGGUCGAGAAUUCAUCGUCUAAUGUACCAAGCAGGUGCGAGGCAAGCGGUCCUCGAAACAGGGUAGCAGCAGAGAUGUCGGAAUUAUAAAUAUGUUGGAUAAUGAGCUGAGCGACAUGGAGAAUGCUGUGAGCAGUCCGGAGGAUCAGAUCUUAAAGACUGGAAGCGAUUUGUUGCGGCAAUAUCGAAAUUAUGGAGUCACAACAGUACGACGUAGACGAUAAAUUUUGUAUUUACUUACAACUAGGACAACUCCCUCAUUUCCACUAUUUACUUCAACUAAGCUUACUCACUAAUGAGUCAUUAUGAAGUCUCAGAUACUUCUGGUAAAGAUCGUGUAGUUUUUAAGAUGAAGCUUUUGUGCCGUCAAUCUUUGUUGUUACCGAAGAUACUGCGAGAGUGAUAGUCCCUAGGCGUUGUAACACGGGUUUCUAAGACUGGGUAUUUGCAACAACCUCUCUUGACACCAUUGUAUGACGCAGCUUGUCGUGAUCUAGUGCAAGACUUUAAAAAUGAUUCUACGCGAUCUUCACCUAGAAGAUUGAAUGCUGAAACUAGCAGUGAUGAAUGCUGACACGGGAGGGACUCUAAGACGAGGCUUUUGGGGCUCAGAUGAUCGACCUUGCGAUUCCAGAUUACGACCAGGAGCCUCCUAGAAAAACACGGCACGGACGCAUGCUUAGAGUUGUGUCUGCAAACGCACCAGACCUGUUGUGCCUGGAGGAAGUUGCGCCUGAUCAGUUCCUCCACAUUCUCCGCAUGCACGAUCACUGUUUCGCGCCCACUUGGCUGACAGCGGCAGCAUAUCGGGAUUUAGUUGCAAAGUAUUUGAUUUUCUUUUUCGCUUAGGUGUGGGAUAGUAUAAAUAUCCAUUGUUAGCCAGAAGCAUUUUUCAGAUGGGGAUACAGCACACGAUGGAUUUAGCAGGGUUAACCGAAGUUGAAGAUUGUAAAUACGAGGGGCUGUUGUGCUCGUUCAUUAGGCAGAAUCGAUGAUGUGUUAGUACUUGAUUAUACCAGCUAGUUGAAUUAUGGAUACAACUGGUGCUCCUGCAUUUAUUUUGGUAAUUCUCUCGAACUGGGAAGGUAUACAUCAGUGUCGGAGAAGGACAAGAAGAAUACCGCAAUUUUGAACGGAAUAUUCGAGAAGUGCGCGUAUCGCGUUAAGAAAACCGGUCCCGCCGUGAACGGUUUGGCACUGCUUGCGCAUCGAAAGCGACUAUGCGUUCAGCGUUUCCGGGAUGUAACCGAUGAAAAGCAUGGCUUAAUCGGACUGGUCGGUUUAGUCGUCCCAGCAAGAAAAGAAGCCAUAACUGUGGUAGUCGACGGAGACCAACGUCCUCCAACGUUGAGUCCGGUGAGCGAAAGCGAAGAGGAACCGCUGUCGCCAAAGAAAAAAGGCCCCGCCAACAAGGGAACUAUCUUCCAAGUUGAGGGACCGACCUCAGCAGGGGAUACUUUGCCGUUGCACGCGCCCGACGGCUUUGUCACUGGGGUAGCGCACCUGAAAUCUGGAGCUGAGGCAAGUGACGCGCAAGCACGCGGGGAACAAAUACGCAUACUGCAGACGGAAUUUGAGCGCUAUGCGGCGACCUACGAUCUCGUUCUCGGCAUGGAUGGAAAUUACGACCAAGCGCUUGUCGGCUUCAACUAUGCUGGAGGUACUGUCAUUGUCAUAGCUGUCUUUGAGGCUGGAAGAAAGCGAAGUUUGCUCUACUACAACAAGCAUCACAGCGUGACUUGGUGUUUUACGGUUGUUUCAUCUCGGAAAUGAGAAGGUUUGAACCAUUUUCGCUACACUUGCUGACCUGGCGAAGGAUACACUAACAUCAAAGCAAGGUGUUGAGACCAAUUCCAUUUUCUGUACAUCAGAUGCUGAAGGCACAUCGGGUGGGUGGCAAUCUUUGCAAAAAUUCGGGAUGGUCAACUACUUAGAGAGCCUCAAAAACGAGCAGCGCUACGGACGUCGACGCGAAGUGUGUGGUGACGACGGAGUCUUUUCCAAGAAAGAUCAGCUCCACGCAGUAACGGUGAACAAGAUGCGUGGAAUGUUUUCAGCACAGUUAAGGAUGAAAAUACAGACAAGAGUAAGCAGGGUAAACACCUUAGUUAACAGGUGCCAGUCUUGAACUGUCCGCGGUAGAAGAGAGGUCGUACUUGCAUCAAGGUUCCCUUUCUAACACUGGUGAAGAAGUGGGGUGCCUAUCAAUUGCGAAACAUCGAUUACGUGAUGAGCCGGCGCGCGGGUGCGUUAACAAAUACUGAAGUUAACGCUCACACGCCGUUAUGAUCAGGCUGUUGCGCUGGUAGCGGGGGAACGUGCUUUCUAGUAGAACAUACUAGUUCUAUCAACUUAUUCUGGUGCAGGAGGAUACGCAUCUUCGUCACAAGAUCAACGUAACGUAAGUAAUUUGUGUAAGGUGGUAUCCGCACACAUAAGAGGAGUGGAUAGCUUCUUUUUUGCGAAAUCCAUCGGGACAGUCUAAGAUCAAGUGUAACUCGGCCUGCACAGAUUUCGCUCGAGCCGGAAGAGGUAGUGAAUGCGCAGGAUUUGAUGGUCUUCGAACGGGCUGAAAUUCUACACAGGCUAACUGAGUUAUGCGACGCGCGGAUGAAUGCUUGAGCUUGAUGUGUUUUUACCCUUGUUGUUUGCCGAUCGCGUCCUGAGAUAGUUUCAUUCUGGGUGUUGCUCUGCGUUGAGCAUAUUAUCUCCAUAUCGUCUAUGUAAGCAAAUAGAAAUGGUAUUUCUGUAUUCAUCCCUGGUUCUUACUAUCGAGUUUUACCCUUUUAUGUGCAAUAUUUUUUUUUAUGGUCCUGCCCAGGCCUUCCUUCGAAUAGAUGAUACGAGCAUCGAGGAGAUAAUGAAGCUCAACGAGACAGCGCCGCGCGAAUUUGUGUCACAACUUCUUCCCAGUGAUCGAAUCCCAUCGGACCACUUGCCAGUCGUUGUGCAGUUCAAAGUGGAGAUUGCGGAUACUCCUGAAAUGCUCGAAGGACUCUUAGAUGCGAAUCCGUUGCUUUUAAGGCUAGUUUUUCACCAUCGUGAGUACGUGAGUCGGAUCUCUAGCUCUACUCGGGUAUACAGGUCGUUCAUGUAUAAGGGGACGCGCUUCAUAGUUAAGGGAGGUUGUAAUGAGCACAAGAGAAAGGAACGAGACAGAGCAAAGUGAUAAUGAGAGGAUACAUACUGCUUCUAAUGCUAUCGAUGAAACACCAAUACGACAUCGAUGAGGAAAGCGACGCGUCAUUCGGCGGUGGCUCGUGCUGGUGGUGUUGUCGACGGAAUGGGCGACGUUGAAGCAUGCAGUGGAAGACGAGGGUGUGACAUAAGAUGCGUUUUAUCGCGGAGUGAGGGCAAGCACAACGCGCCGUCCGAAGGUGAGAGGCACAUGGUGGCUGAUUAGUGAAAGGUCACGGAUGCGUCGAAGGCCAGUGACAUAACUUUGAACAGUGUUGGUUAUAUUUUUCGAUUGUAGGGGCUAUUGACAAUAUCCAUGGAGGCUUUCCAGUAGUUUGUAAGGUUUUCUUGGCUCAUUUCAGAACCUAUAAAAGGGUUGCUUUCUGAUUAAAAUGCCUAUAUUCAGGCUCUCGUAGUGUUAUGACUCUAGCGAGGAUUUGAUGGACCUCAGCUUCUCAUAGGUAAACCAGAAACAGGAAUCUCGGGAGUGAGUAAAUACUUACUUGGUUUUUUCGAGCCAGUUACCGUUUGUGUGUGGCGGUUGGAAAAAUAUUCCUUGCUCAACCUGGAGCGGCAAGUGUUGUGACGCGUUGAUUUUGAGCUUUUCUUUAAUUGAGGUCGAAAUCGGUUUUCUCGCUCGGUUUUCGUUUGGAAGUUCUGAUCCCACUUCGGUCUUUGUUC